AACACGUUGAGUGUAGUAUCCAGCUUUCAUAGUUGUUAGUCUGUCACAACCAUGGCAACAGCUUCCCACAAUGCUUUGCGAGCCAAAGCUUUAACAUGGCGGUGAAAUUUGUAAAGUGGAAACGUUGAGUUGUUGGAGAAAUUAUUGUCGACAUUCGGCUUGUAGCAAUGGACUCGUCACACUCUGCUGACUAUCGCAGGGUUCUCCCUAUAGCAGGUUGGAUUAAUAGUAAUAAAAAUUCUGGUUGUGAGCAUGAUGAUGAUGGUGGUGAUGAUGGUGAUGAUGAUGAUGAUGUGCGCACACAUGUAUUAAGAGUUCCCAAUGCAGCUCCCAAAGAAUCCAGGAAAAUUAAGCGGAAAGUUGUUCCUUGUGCAAAUGGUAAAAAUUACGGUACUAACCAUGCUUAUGCUGUGAAUCUUCCCAAAAGAACUUUAGAUGUGAAUCCUAAAAAAGUUUGCCAUUCAAAUGAAGACACAUUCAAAGAUCAAUGGAGGGCUAAUUCCAAAGUGGUGGGCACGUCCGAAGCAGGCCGAAGAAUGUUUGUCCCCACUGAUGUGCGUGUUUUGAACGAGAGCUAUGUCACUACAGCCAUCGCUACGCCAAGGCCCGAUAUGUUGGACUCUGCCAUUCCAGCUAGCCGCACUUCACACGUAAAAGCCGCCUUGCCACUUGCUGGUAAUUCAACAGUUGCUACCUCGUGGAAAAAUUUUCAUCAGGGAAACGCAUUUAGCCACAAUCUCGAACGGGAAUCUGAGAAUUUCGAUUGUCACUCUCUUAUUACUAACGGUGACCUUGACAAAGGGAGUGAGACACAGGAGACCAAGAUCAGGUUAAACAAAGCUUUAACAAGAUCCAGUGGUUUGGAUAAACUUAGAGAGAAGAUAAAACAGCAACAGUUGGUAUGUAAAGAACACAGCUCCUCAAAAAUAACUGAAUCAUCAGCCCAUGUUGAGAAGACUUCUUUGGCAAGUACUACAAACGAAGGCGAUGUGGACAUGGUGCCUGAAACAGACUGUCCAUCAUCCGCCGUUGAUUCUUCUGAUUCAGUGUGCAGAGCUUCUCAGUCUUGUGAUUAUAACAACAAUGGACUCGUCUCGACCUAUACUUCCAAGAAGACCAUCCAGAAUAAUAAGAAUAACCAUGCUGUGAAGACACGCAAGAUAGCUGCCAGUGUUUCUACACCAUCAUACAAAGGGUUUUCAAGACUUAAAGAAAAGAACACAGAAAAUGUUAGUGGGGCCAGGGGAAAAGUGAAACGAACUGAUGCAAAGUCUGCGACUACUACUACUGGAAAAGCUGUUACAAGGACUAAAAUGAAGAAGGCAGCCAAAACUCAGGAAAUACGAGAAAAUUCCAAACCAAAGGCUGCCAGAGCAGUCUACAUUAUAACUCCUUCUUCUUGGAAGAAAGGUCAUGAAGUGGUGCUACGAAUUCUGGGUUCCAAACCAAAAGUUCAGCCUGCCAAAACGAAGCCAGGUCUUCAAAUAGUUGAUCUUCAGACCAUUCCAGCCAAACUUCCACAGACUGCUCGUGAAAUGAUAGAAGAUUUACAGCUUGGAAGGCAAACUGACACCUGUAUCAACGGUAACCAUGAGUACGAGUCGAAAACUUUUGAGAGACCCAAAACCAAAGAAAAGGAGUUUGAUAAACCUCCUCCGAUUUUAUCUAUCUUAAAAAGGAAACCCAAAUUUACAGUCCUAGACUCUGAAAAACAACCAAAGGUUCGCCAUUAUGACCCGGAAGAAGUUCGUAAAUUUAUUGCAAAGAAGAAAACUGAGAGAGUUCAAAAGGCAAGAGAGAACCAAGAAGCUUUGCACAACGAAUUUAUAAAACGACAAGAAAGGCUCCAAGAGGUCUACCGCAAACAGAAAGAGUCAACUGCAUUAAUUAUGAGAAAAGAAAAUAUCUACCCAAGUAAAAAGCCUCUCAAAGAGUCAAUGUGUUUUGAUAUGUCGAUGUUUGAUUCAGAGGACUCCACAGCUGUCAGUGCUAAAGCUAAAGUUAGCGAAAACAGCGAGGAUUCAACUGAAGAGACGGAAGAGGGUUCUACAACUUCAAAAACUUCUCCGCAUGAAAGUAUGUCUGACCAGCUGAGUCAAGACAGUGAUGCUGCCUACAACAAAUGUUCAUGCCACUUACCAAGGACCCAUUCUCUGCAAAACCCUGCUGCUGACCGAAAAUCUUCCGACUAUUUCUAUCACAGUCUUCUCUCAACAAACAAACCUGUAAAUCCACUGGUACCUGGACCCAUCUCUCGUACUCAAUUAGUUACUCGACAAUGGUCCGCAGAUUUGAAUAGAUUACAUGAUCUUCGGGAAUCAGCUGCCACCCUGACUCAUAAGAUCAAGGAGAUGUGUCAAACCAGCAAUUUCCCCAUUUCUUCUUCCAAUAUCGUAAUACCUGAAGAAGAGCCCGUUUUUGCUGGAACCAAAACAGACCAAAGUUUACCAGGAGUUCAAAAUAUUCAGCAAAAAGCAGCGGAAAUAUUUGACAAGAAGGAAAAAGAUGCGGCUACGUGCAUUCAGGCAGUUUACCGCGGCUACACUGUACGCAAGAACCUCCAUUGGCAGAGACUGACUGGCCAAACAGAUUUCAGUGAGAAGGCUAACCUCUAUCUUGAAAGAAACUCAGUUUCUUCAAGCGAUGAGGCACAGAAAACUCCACCCAGAUCUAAAGUAAAGGGAAAACUAUGUUUUGAAAAUAUAUCAGCUUCAUCAGAUGAGAUGACAACCCCUCCUCAAACUACAGAUUUUCCGAAUCCAACAUCAAGAUUUAAAAAUCUGCAUUGUGAUUAUACUGAAUUAUUGCGGGGGAAUGAAGUGGAUGAACACAUUUCGGAUAAUUCUCAAGAAAUGGACACAUCAUGGCUGUGUAAACCUGCUUCCUCCAGAUAUCCAUGGAAGAAGAAUGAUAUACCUCCUGAUAAAUACAGUGUUGUCAACAUAUUCACAUCAAAAUAUAGGACAUGCAACAACACAGAAACAGAAGAUUCAGCCCAACAGGAAACACCAAGUUUGGAGAAUUCUCAGCCGAAGCCAUUAAUUUCUUCUUUGUUACAUUUGAACACUAACGACUUAAAUGUACCUCCACCACAACACCACCGUCCAACCAGCCAGCUGCUGGAAAAUAUUCACAGUGGACUGCCACGUUUAAAGGCCCCUACAGCAUUCAGCGUGAACCCAUCCGUGAGCUUGGACACGUUUGAGAGGAAUAACAGUUGCAAGCGUGAGAUGUAUGAUGUAAUGGCAACCGCUUCGCUGAUUAGUUUACCUUCUCAAAAGAUUUCGUUAGUCGGUGGUGAAAGUAAAGAAAUCCACUCUGAUAAGUUACCUGAAGAAAUUCACACGUCUUCCAGAAUAAAAUCCUCGUAUUCCGUCAAUCCAGUCAUCCAAACCAAUGGAGACUGCUAUGGUUUGCAGGAUUUACAUUCAUCAUCAUCAUGUGGAGACAGUGAAGCAGAAAAUCAAUCAACCAUCGAGAUGUCCUCACAGAUUCUUUCCAGUGUCGGAGAUGGUACAGACUCUGAUGUUUCGAGUUUACAGAAUGAUUUGCCAAGUAAAUCCAUGUGCCCCUAUCAGUCUCAGUUUCCUGCCAUUGGUGGCUACUCCACAAAAGAAGGUGACCCUAUUGAGAGCCCUAUGAAAAAGUAUUCCCCUGCACAGCUUCCAAUGAAGCUACGUGCUGAGCUGUAUAACUGGGAACAGACAGUGGAGUCCAUAUCGUUAGCUCAACAGGAAACGUUUUCGUUGGGCAGAAUAUUUCAGACUCAGAGUCAAAAUCCUGAACCGAAUUUGCAUUACCUGGAGCAAAUGCGACGUGCAAUGGCUAUGUUGGACAAUAAUACUACAAGUCGUGUCCCGCCAGCAGAACCGGUCAUCUCAUCUCCAGAGCAUAGUGACCAUUCCGGUGUACUGAAGAGCAUUAUGGCUGAAGACAAACAACCAGCAUCUCAAAAGUCUUUCUCACAUUAUCAUUCCCUCAACAGCACAGUUACAUCUCAGGUAAAUGGUAUUUCUCGGAGUGGUUGGUGUUAG